AGAAAAAUCCCAAUUUCAGCAUAAGGCUGACAUUUAGGUAGAAAAACAUGGAGUUGUGGACCCUGUUGCUUGGAGCGGUGCUGCUCCUCGUCCUCUACGCCUGGAUGAACCACCCCAGCAGAGACGGCCUCCCCCCCGGCCCGACCGGCUGGCCUCUCGUCGGCAGCGUGCAUCUCAUCAUCAACAAGCAUCCUUACAAAGUUUUCCACGAGCUGUCGAAGAAGUACGGAAAGAUCUUCAGCAUCCAGAUGGGCUCAUACCGGAUCGUGGUGCUGAACGACUUGGACUCCAUAACCCAAGCGUAUGCGCGGCAGGGCGAUGUGUUCAGCCACCGACCGAAGGGGCCCCUCGUGUCAAAAGUCCUCCAGAACAAAGGUACUGAACCAUUCUCCCAUCAUUUCCUAUCCCCGACAACAUUUGACUUUCCCUUUCUGUCCGUUUCUCAUGGCAAAGUGUCCGAAGUUCAUGUCCGUAUUGCAUCUUACUUCUAUGAUGGCGGAGAGGACAUGUCCUUGGUGACAUUUGGAAAGAAACUCAAGUUUUGUAUUUGUGACAAUUGUCCAGAAACCCAUCUCGAGCAAACCGUAUCUUCCAAUUGGCUAGAAACCCAUGCUGUGGACGUGAAGCAAUUGUCCAGGAACCCAUCUCAAGCAGAACGUGCACAUUUAUUGGCCGGAAAACCCUUGCUGCUGGCGCGAGACAAUUGUCUGGAAACCCCACCUGGGGAUUCCUUACCUUGA